AUUAUUAAGUAAUUUUAAUAAAAACCGAUAAAUUGGAGAUAAUUGAUUGUUUGUGGUAAUGCAAACAUUGCACAUCGCAUCACUAAAAAUGACGUACAUAUUGUAUUCACUUCAUUCGCCCACCCACACGUUGAGUUUUGAUAAGAAAAAGUAUUAGUUUGUAUUUAUUCUAAGCACGUUUUGUUACCAUAUCUACUGUCUUCGGGUAUGUGGCGGUCGCCGGAGUAUGUGCGCAGUAGCCGUUUCUCUGUGCUAAUUGUUUAGUGAAGUUUUGUGAUUGUCGACGGGCGUGAGCGUGCGGGACAGUUACAUGUUUUGUAAUUAAUUUGUACGCCCACUCCGAAGUCGGCUGUGGUGGUUGUUCGGUACAAGUGAUGGUAGUUGCUAGAAAUUAGGGUAAUUGUGGAUUGUUAUUAAAAUGUCGCUGCAGAAGAGUGUGAAGAGUGGUGGUGGCGGUGAUAGGAGCGAGCAGGGGGAUACCACAUCGAUAUGCUCGUCGGUGACCACGCAGCCUGACAGGCACGGCUUUUUCGGCGGGGCUCAAUACAGUCCAGAACCAAAAAGGACUGUUUCGCCGAGCACAAUACUGAAGCGAGAACAAAAAUGGCUGCGAAUGCUGAACAACUGGGAGGCCUUCAUGAACAAGAACUACAAGAAAGUCAGGGAGAGGUGUCGGAAAGGUAUACCCGCAUCUGUCCGGCCUAAAGCCUGGCUAUACUUAUGCGGGGGCCAGCUGUUACUAGAGAAGCACCCCAACGAGUACGAGGAGCUGCUGCAGGCGCCGGGCGACCCCAAGUGCAUGGAGGACAUCAGGAAGGACCUGCACCGACAGUUCCCCUACCACGAGAUGUUUAUCCGGGAGGAAGGACUCGGACAACAGGAGCUGUUCUCAGUGCUGAAGGCGUACUCGGUGCUGAACCCGAAAGUGGGCUACUUCCAGGCGCAGGCGCCGGUGGCCGCCUUCCUUUUGAUGCAUAUGCCCGCCGUGCAGGCCUUCUGGUGCCUCGUUAGCAUCAGCGACAAGUACCUCAGUGGAUACUAUAACCCUGGACUUGAGGUUCUCCAACGCGACGGCGACAUCCUGCACGCUCUCCUCCGCCGCACGGCGCCCGCCGUCCACCGGCACCUGGUGAAGCACAAGGUGGAGCCCGUACUGUACGCGACCGAGUGGUUCCUGUGCGCGCUCACACGCACCCUGCCCUGGGACAGCCUGCUGCGGGUCUGGGACUGCUUCCUCUGCGAGGGGGUCAAGGUCCUCUUCAAAGCAUCCCUAGUAAUCCUAGCGGGCGCGCUGGGCCCCGCCAAGGUCCGCAAGCGCGCGUGCGGUCUGUGCGAGACGCUGGAGACGCUGCGCCACCCGCCGGCCGGCGUGCUGGCCGAGGACUACCUGGUGUACCACAUGACCAGGCUCAACCUCACCGAGGAGGACUUCGAGUUCGAGCACCAGCGCCAGACCGCCAGGCGGCGAGGGUUGGCCAACAGAAGUGGCAGCUGAUUCAGCGACUGUUCCUACAAGCGUUAUUCAAAGAAUAACGCCAGGGAUCUGUUCAAUACUCUGUAAAGUGAGUGCAACUAAGACAGUAGGUACGUACGAGUACUAGUGCUGUGAUCUAGUGAGCGUUCGAACGACGCACGACCAAUCGCGACUGAGUGUGUAGUGUACCUUUAUUAUAAGCAAAACUCGUCGGACAAGCAAUAUUGUGCAGCAAUUCUCGAAAUAAGACUCGAUAAGUGACGAAAUCGAUAAUAAUCGAGAAAAAACAAUCGAUUCGAACGAAACAGUGAAAAGUGACGUCAUAAUACGGUGUUGGUGGAAAUGAACGACGAUUUUUUUAAAAGGAUUGCUGAUUUAGGUUACUGACGAGGUUGCAAUAAGGCUGUAUAUGUUGAUAGUGAUGUUGGUACUGAAUUUAAUUAAGUAUCGUUUUGGUAAGAGUAUGGUGGAACAGAUUUUGUGAUAAGAUGACGAUCGCUGAUUCGUUGGUGUAGGUGUAUGGGUCAUUGCCACGCCUACCAAUUCGUUAUCGACCAAUCACGGUGUGUUAUUUUCUUUUUAAUACAACUUUGGAGUUUUGGAAUAAUAAUUGUUCCAUCUGACUGUACGUAAGUACAGUUGAAUCCAAAAUGGAUUUUGUAAAUUCAGUACCAAGUAUCAAUUUUAUAUACUUUAGUUUAAACGGUAGCUGUCGUGUAAGUUGUAUAAUAAACGAUUCCUUUUUCGAUAUAUUUUCUUGUAUAUAAGUGCCUACAGAUGUUUUAAUUUCUUGAUUCUAUCCGAUUAUCGAUUUGAUAAUCGAUUAUAAUAUUAGGACUUCUGUAGUAUCUUUGUUUAAAUCUUGUUUAUUGUGAAGUUAUGAUUAAGAUUUAUAACUUAUUGCUUAUAUUUUCCUGAGCAUGUUCACUUAGCCAAAUAAAUUAAAUAUACUUUACUUUCCUAUUUCGUACAUUUAUAGUACUUUAUAAAAAUAUAUAAUUAAUUUCGUUCUCGAAUUCUACUUAUCAAACCUAUUUUAUAACACUAUCUCCUUUGUGUGAAGUCUUUAGUUGUCAAUAGAUGGCGCUGUUUUCAAUAUUCACAAACACCUUUUAUCUAUUCGAUUGUAAGCGUUUUCCCGACUUCGUAUAGCCUUAGAGUCCCUUAUGGUAUAUCCUAAUAGUUAGUUUUCACACACAGUAUUUGUAUCUGCCUCAAUGACCAGGGGCAAAGGGUCUUCGCGUGGUAGUCAUAGUUUAUAUAUUCAAACUUAUCACUUAUUUAUUGAUUUCUAUUAGCUUUUGUUCGCAUCUGGGGUGUGACUAUUUCAAUAGUUUUUCGAAGAUAUGUGUUUUGCCAAGACUGAGAAAUGGGCAAUUUUCGAUGGAUUUUUUCGAUGAUUUUAUUGUCUCUAGUCUAAUUCUGUUGAAACGAGUCUUUACUUUUAAGUUUGGCGUAAAUUAAUUCAUAUACAGUUGGCAUUUGUUUUUCUUAACUAAUUUCAUUCUAAUUGAUAUAAAAUUCUUUUCGACCCUAGAUGCAAAUUAGUUGUAUUGUAAAUUAGUGUAAGAGGAGACUGUAUAAUAUAAAUAAAUUGUAAAAAUAAUACAAAAAAUAAUUCAUAAUACAUUGUGAUAGGAUUCGUAAUUAUUACAAUUACAUAUCUAAUUAAUAAAAUCUAGAAAACAAACAAAUUGUUCUUAAAGUACAAUUUAAUUUCUUUAAAUUGGACUCUGAAAUGCAAUAGUCAAUUUUCCAUUCCACAGAUUAAAAUAUUUUCUUCAGAAGAUUGUUUAAAGGAUGUUUCUAUAGUCAUUAUAAUGUAUUAUAAUGUUCUUUUUAGUAGAUUUAUCCUUCAGGCUAAAUGGCAGGACUGGGAUCCUAAGUGACUGAAAUCAUGUAUAGAUGGCGUUAGUAUCGCACCGUGCCUCUGUACCAGUCUUAGUCUACUAGAAGCCAAAACCUAUCUAAAAUAUUAGAAAUUGAUACAAUAGAGGUCGCGUGAAUCAAUCAUAAAUUAAAAAAAAAAUGAAGUGACAUCAAAAUAAUAAAAAUGUUGUAAAAUAAACCUUAAAACACCAUCAAUUUGUACUACUAUUUCAACUCUACAAAAAUGAACUUUAAACCUCUCAAUUUAAAGCCCUAUUAUGUUUUCAAGCAUUAAAGUUGUUGCGACCUUUCUGUAUCGAUCACCCCCUACAUUCCCAUUAGUCUUCCCCUCUCCGGUACAAUGGCUAUAGUAAGAGAUCUGUAUUUUGUAACAUUUUAUAUCCUACGAUAUACUUAUAUUUAUAAAGCUCAGCAUAUUUUACUAUUCAUUCUGUUUCACUCUCAGAUUAAAACAUUAUAAAAAAAUCUAUUCAGAAAUUAUUUUUUAGAUGGUUCUUACACAUAAAUGAAAGUUUAUUGGUGAAUUUUGUUAAAAUAAUAUCAGACUAUCAGUUACAAAUUCUAGUGAAGAGAUUAUACUUUAAAAUUCAAACUGUUUUAAUGCUAGUGCUGAUUUGCACAAAACCAAAUUUAAUACGACUGGAAAAUAUGAAAUUAUUUCAACAAAUUUUACUGAACCUCGGUAUAUUUAAUUUAUAAUACUAUCUGUACCUACUUAUGAAGAUAUAGCCUCAGUAAACAAGUGACAUUUCUCUAUCACACACUGGUGCACUUGUGGAAGCGAGACGCCAGUACUACGCCGCGUAGUACUCUAUCCCGCUUUUACAACGAACUCUUAUUUCAAGAAGCGGAUUUAGUCGUCCUACAAGGUAUACGUGUUGAAUUUCUAUGCAUUGCCACGCAUUGAACAAACGCAGGAGACGCUGCCGGUGGCUUAGCCAGUAAGUCUCGAAACUCCCCACUUCCUACUCCUAGGGGGUAGAUGACCAUGACGAUUCUCUCGCUUGAUCCAAAAACCCGGUCAAGUGGAAGUCAGACUUGCGACAUUAAAGUUUCCUUACAAAUAGGCUAAAAAAUAAUGCAUUUCCCGUAAAGAGGCCUCCGGCAAGCUACGAGAAGCCUCGUAACAUAGAUAUAUUGUGGAGUUAUGUCACUUGUUAACCUGAGGCUGGUAAUUUGAACUAAACUGCCUGUUACCACUGUAAUUUAUAAAUAAGUUAACAAAUAUCGAAUCUAGGCUAUGACUUAGCUGUAAGGUUGCGCGCGUGCGUCAUAUGGUGCAUAAUGUUUUAUUUCCAAUCGUUUUUAAUUUAUAUUAUGACGGCUUAGUAACUGAUUAGUCAUUACUGAGGUUUAGAGGAAUAUUGUACAGGUAAACUAGUACUUUUGUCACUUUGAAACCUGUUCCUUCAGCAUAUUAAUGUAUGAAAAUUACAGUUCGGUUUGUUAAGUCACGUGACCAUCUGUCAUUUUCAUGCAUUCAAGCGUUUUUUUUUAUCAACUAUUAACGUUGUCAAAAUGUCGCUUGGUUUGGUUCAACUGUGAAAAUAUGUAGAAUUGUUUAUAAUACAGUUAUAAUAUCAAGUGAUAGUAAUAAAUUUAUGAGAUUGUAGCUCCCUAUGGUGGUAUUCCAAAUUUAUUUGAAUCUACGACUCGGUGGAAUAAGGGGUGGGGAUUGACUCUACAUCUGGUAGAUCCUAGAACUUAGACCUCAGGUGUAUAAUUUAAUAAUUGGUUACUAAGUCGUGUCUAUUACAAGUAUUGUUUAGUAUUAUGACUUGAAUCUUCGGAGUAAGGUGGACUAUAAAUAUAGGAGAUAGCUGCUGAGAGCUGCAAUAUGGAAGUCUUGUGUUAUUCAUGAACAGCGUAAAACUUUCAUGAACGAAAAGGAAACUUGCGUUUCUCUAUCUUUAAAUUUUUUAAAUUACCGAUACUGCUAAAAAAAAAAUAUUCCUCUUUUUUACAAGCAGUAAAUCAUUCCUUGGAUUUGCCUACCAAUAAGAAUUAUCAAGAAAUAUCCUAUAAUUUUCUUCAAAGUAUUUACACUGUAAUGCUAAUAUAUCGAAAGUAAAGUGACUUGCGUGUUGUGUGUGUGACGUUUUUGUUUAUUUUGUCAAUAAAAAAAUGUUUUAUUCGCCGUUAUUUGCGUAGAUCGUAAUUAUUAUUAUUUUAUUUGUUGUUAUCGCUAGUUUUGUGAACAUUUAGAGUUAUUUAGAUUGUACAGAAAAUUGGAAGACAGAUACAUGUAAAGUUAUUGCUUAUUGCGUAUGCUUAAUUUACCUAUUAUUUAUUUUGUAUUGUACACGCCACAAAGAUUAGUCAAAUAUGCUUCAUGUCUUGCAUGCAAAAUAUUAUAACUUGUACCUACUUUUCAUUCUGUAAUUAUAUUCUUCCUGUACCUACUUAUCAUGUAGGCCCAGUAUCUUCUACUUUUAAAUAAACUUGGAAUGAUAUUUCGUAUGCAAAACAGACAUAUUCACUGACAAUUUCUCUAUUUGUACGGUCAUUAGCUUGCAGUUAAGGCUCGAAAUCAGUUUUCUUCUUACCGUCAAAAUAUAAUAAAUGUACAUUGUAAGACAAUACAAAUAUAUGUGUCGUGUUGGCAGAAUAUAUCUGUCUCUUUUCUACUUAUGUAAUGUUCAUACGAACGCAUAUGGUUUGCACAACACAAUGCUAUGAUUGUUUCACGUUUGUUCGCGACUGUUCCAACCUCCACAUUCCGUUUCAGACUGUUAGUUAUUUGUGUGGCGCGAGUAUUUUUGUACAGCAUCUGAGAGUUUCAUAUCGCUGCAAUAUUCGAAAUGUAAAUAAAUAUUUAAUAUAAAAUA